AUGCAGCGAUACCCCCUUGACAAGCCUCGCUUCAACUCUGUGUUCCAAAUCCAGUACAGGGAUCCUUUGGAUAUAAGAAAAGGGUUUCGAUUUCAGUCCGCUUCUGGGUGCUACAUUUCUAGUACCUUUUUCCAUAACAAGCCACCGAGCGACAGACAGAACAAUGCCACCGCACUGAAGUCCCAAAGUCAAAGAACCGGCACGACUACGACGGCACAAGAGGGAGUGAAAGCAGACCAAUUCAUUGACGCCGACUCUUUGUUAGAAGCAAGCAACAAGGAUCGUAUUGCCGAAACCCUGCAGCGGACAACUUUGAUCGGCUGUACUUUUGAGCCAAAGCUCGAGAUUUCAACUUUCAAAAUAGUUGACGGUAAUUAA